GGUCAAAUUGCUGGUAAACUUUUGAUUGACAUCAGCAUGGGUUCCCUAAUCCCCCAUCUCUAUUCCGCUUGCAAUGUCUUCAAAGAUAUGGUUGUCCUAAAACUCAAUGAACAAUGUAUCAUGGAACUGAGCAGAUGGCUACACGACCUCACUGGAGCUUAUGACUGGGGAUACACAUCAGCCGCCGUGGCUGAGCUGGAAGGAACGAAGGAUCAACUUCAGGACCAGGAAUUGCAACUAAAGUCGUGCAUCAAGCAGAUUUUGAAAUGUGAUUUUGAACGGGAAAACAUAAGCUCGCCGGUGGCGUUACCACUCGCUGAUUGCAUUGUCAGCGCAUUGAUACUGGAUGCUAUCAGUAAAGAUAAAGAUGAAUACAUGAGAAAUCUGGAAAAGAUGAUAAAGCUGCUGAGACCUGGAGGCAAGCUGAUACUUAUGGGGUUAUUAGAUGCGACCUACAUAGUUGUUGGGGGGAAACGGUUCCAUCGUUUGAAAUACGAUGAGGACUUUGUGAAGAAUGCCCUCGGUAAGCUGGGGUUAGUCAUUGAUUACUGUGCAGUGCAGAAGAGACGCAAUAUGAGCGAUCUCAUAGAUUAUCGCUCUGCUGUGUUCGUUGUAGCUCGCAAGGGGGAGUAG